AUGACAGAAAACAUAAUUACUCAAGUAACACCGGAUUCGUACAGCAGUGCAGCUGUUGGCUACGACGAUUCCAACAACUCUAUCGAUUAUAACUCCAAGAUCCACUUGAAUAUCCGUGGAACUGAGUUUACCAUAACAAGAGACGAAUUGAUGAGUUUGCCCGAAAGCAUCUUGUUGUGCCUUUUCCCAAACGGAGUGUUCUUGGACGUCAAUGGCCAGGUAAUCACAAAUUUGACUGAAGACGACAUUGUCUACGUCAACUUUGAACCGUCUUGUUUCCAAUACAUUAUCGACCAAUUCAGCGAUGCUCAAAGGGAUUUGCUUGAGAUGCCAGCAGUAUCACCGCAAACAAGUUUCCAUGCCACAAGACACCAAGAGAAUGUAUUGCAGAGUAAGCCAGCUAUUAUAGUGUUACGUGAAGACUUGGAUUACUAUGUGAUACCUCCGAUUGCUGGUUUGAACGCAGAACAGAUGAAACAUCUCAAAUUGGAAGUAUCCACCAAACUCAUCCAGAACAAAUAUAUUUUCUCGGGAUUAGGCUAUGAUGUGCACGAAGUGCCUGAGAAGGACCAAAAACUUGGACCUGCCGAACAGCAUUUGUUUGAUAUGCUAUGUUCCUCAGGCUUUGAUUCCCGUGGAUUAUGGGGAAGCAGAUCUCUAGAGCCAUCCAAGUGUGUAAUUCUGUCUUUGCUGUUGGUUCGUCUCAAGACCCAUCCACCCACACCACCAGAAUCACCAUCUUUGUUGCCCACUAACACCAACACUUUGUCACCAGUAACAUCGAAUGCUUCAGCCAGAUCUAGGUCAAGGUCGAGAAUUGCAUCCUUAGCCAACAGCGCUACCAGAGCAGCCUCUAGGUCGUUGUCCAAGUCAAGAAAGCCUGUUGAUAACAACCAGACGAAGUUGCUCUUAUUCUGGAGGAAACCGGCCAGAAAGUGCUGGUGGUCCAAUGAAUCAGCAGAGGUCAGUUUGGAGGUUCCUGACUUGUUCGCUCCAGACACCAAACUGUUGAAUGUGAAGAUUCACAUCAGAAGAGUGUGGACGUUAGAGUUAAGUGUGAUCGGGGUUCAGUAA